AUGGCGGCUCGGACGGCGCUGCUGCUUCUCCUGGGGGCGGCGGGGGCAGGCCCGGCCCCGGCGCGAGGGUCGCGGGGGGACCGGGAGCCCGUCUACCGGGACUGCUUGGCCCACUGCGAGAAGCGCAACUGUUCCGGGGCCGGGCUGCGGCACUUCCGCUCCCAGCAGCCGCUCUACAUGAGCCUCGCAGGAUGGACUUGCAGAGAUGAUUGUAAAUAUGAAUGUAUGUGGCUUACUGUGGGCCUUUAUGUCCAGGAAGGAUACAGAGUGCCUCAGUUUCAUGGAAAGUGGCCCUUCUCUCGUUUCCUGUUCUUUCAGGAGCCGGCUUCUGCCUUCGCUUCAUUCCUUAACGGUCUUGCCAAUGUAGUCAUGCUGAACAGAUAUAAAGCUGCCGUCCCGCCUUCUUCUCCCAUGUACCAUACCUGCAUCGCCUUCGCUUGGGUCUCUUUGAAUGCCUGGUUCUGGUCUACGGUUUUUCACACUCGAGACACAAAUCUAACUGAGAAAAUGGAUUAUUUCUGCGCGUCUGCCGUCAUUCUUCACUCUGUAUAUUUAUGUUGCGUCCGGACCCUGGGGUUGAGACGUCCAGCUUUUGCCACCGCCUUUGGGGGUUUCCUGCUCCUCUUCUUGGCCUGCCACAUCUCCUACCUGACGCUUGUGCGCUUUGAUUACAGCUACAACAUGGCUGCCAAUGUGGCCAUCGGCCUCUUUAACCUCUUCUGGUGGUUGGGCUGGUGCAUGAGGAACCAGCAGCGCCUGCCGCAUGUCUGGAAAUGCCUGGCCUCGGCCCUCCUUCUGCAAGCCUUGGCGCUGCUGGAGCUGCUGGACUUCCCGCCAUUGUUUUGGGUCUUCGACGCCCACGCCAUCUGGCACAUCAGCACCAUCCCGGUCAACAUCCUUUUCUACAGUUUCCUCGUGGACGACAGCCUGUAUCUCCUGAAGGCCAACUCAGACAUUCUUAAACUAGACUAAAGGCUCGGGUGAAACACAGAUUGGGGAAGAG